AACAAACUUUCAACGUAUGUACAAUGAACUCAAAAAAAACUCUUAUUCUCAGUCUCAGUCACAAACUUAAGAAUUUUUCAAUUUUCAAAUUAAUUUUAAAAUUUUCAAUUUUAAAAUUAAAAAAAACCCUUAAUUUUCAAUUUUUAAAUUAAUUUUCACUCUCUUUUCUUAAUCGACCUAGAUACGAAACCGAUGUUAACGUACGGCUUGACAAAGUACGUGUAAUAACGAACAACGAAGUUGACAGUUGAUGAAUGUCAUUCUCUCACUCUCACAGUGCACUUGCACUCAAAUCUCAACUCUUCUCCUUAGCACGUAAGAACCCAUUCAUUACAAAGAAACUCCACGCACAAAUCAUCAAAUCUGGUCUCAACCAACACGAACCCUUCCCCAAAACUCUCAUUGACGCAUACGGCAAAUGUGGUCUCCUUCAAGAUGCACUUAAGCUGUUCGACGCAUUGCCUCACCGAGACCAUGUUGCUUGGGCUACUGUCCUUUCCGCUUGCAACCUCUCCAACCUCCCAUACAAAGCUUUAUCUAUCUCGCGUUCCAUUCUCAAUGAAGGGUUGCAGCCAGACCACUUUGUUUUCUCUUCCCUCAUCAAGGCUUGUGCUAACUUGGGUGGUGGUUAUAUCAAGCAAGGGAAACAACUCCAUGCUCGUUUCUUGCUUUCACCUUACUCUGAAGAUGAUGUUGUUAAGUCUUCGCUUGUUGAUAUGUAUGCGAAAUUCGAGUUGCCUGAUUAUGGGCGUGCUGUUUUUGAUUCGAUUUUUAUGUUGAAUUCGAUUUCUUGGACUGCGAUGAUAUCUGGGUAUGCGCGAAGUGGACGGAAGGUUGAGGCUUUAGGAUUGUUUCAGAAAUCUCCGUUUAAGAAUUUGUAUGCUUGGACUGCUUUGAUAUCUGGGUUGGUUCAGAGUGGGAAUGCAACUGAUGCGCUUUACUUGUUUGUUGAGAUGAGGCGUGAAGGGGUUAGUAUUACUGACCCUUUAGUUCUUUCGAGUGUGGUUGGUGCUUGUGCUAAUUCAGCUGUUUGGGAGCUUGGAAAACAGAUGCAUUGUGUAGUCAUAAUCCUUGGCUAUGAGUCUUGUUUGUUUAUAAGUAAUGCACUUGUAGAUAUGUAUGCCAAAUGCAGUGACCUUGUUGCUGCUAAAUAUAUAUUCUGUGAGAUGAGAAGAAAGGAUGUUGUUUCUUGGACUUCGAUAAUUGUUGGCACGGCUCAGCAUGGGCUGGCUGAGGAGGCCUUGGCUUUGUAUGAUGACAUGGUUUUGGCUGGGGUUAAGCCAAAUGAGGUGACUUUUGUUGGGUUGAUCUAUGCCUGCAGUCAUGUUGGUCUAGUUAGCAAGGGUCGUGCUUUGUUCAAGUCUAUGGUUCAAGAUUUUGGAAUUCGGCCGUCUUUGCAGCACUAUACUUGUUUGCUAGAUCUUUUUAGUCGAUCGGGACACCUUGACGAUGCAGAGAAUCUCAUCAGAACAAUGCCGGUCAAACCUGAUGAACCAACUUGGGCUGCAUUACUCAGUGCUUGUAAGCAGCAUGGUAACAUUAACAUGGCAGUUAGAAUUGCUGAUAAUCUAUUGAACUUAAAACCAGAGGACCCUUCCAGCUAUAUAUUGUUAUCUAAUGUAUAUGCCGGAGCUGGUAUGUGGGAGAAUGUUUCAAAGGUUCGGAAGUUAAUGAUGGUCAAGGAAGUUAAAAAAGAGCCAGGUUAUAGCUCCAUUGACUUGGGAAAGGAAAGCCAGGUGUUUUAUGCCGGAGAGGCAUCUCAACCCAUGAAAGAUGAGAUUCUAGGUUUGAUGAGAAAAUUAGAUGCAGAAAUGAGGAAAAGGGGUUAUGUUCCUGAUACUAGCUCAGUUUUACAUGACAUGGAUCAACAAGAGAAGGAGAGACAACUUUUUUGGCAUAGUGAGAGAUUGGCUGUGGCCUACGGGCUUCUCAAGGCUGUUCCGGGGACUACUAUACGUAUAGUGAAAAAUCUUCGUGUUUGUGGAGAUUGUCACACUGUGCUGAAGCUCAUCAGCACUAUAACAAGUAGGGAAAUUUAUGUUCGGGAUCUCAAAAGAUAUCACCAUUUUAAGGAUGGGAAUUGUUCAUGCAAUGACUUCUGGUGACUUGGGAGAAUUUCCAUAGAUUUGAAUUCAACCAAGACCCUAGGAAUGCCAGCGUGAGGCGCUGAACACAAAAUUACAUUCUUUUAAGGGCCAAAUAGGGUGUUUAUAUGUUCUAAGAGCCUGGUCUAUGUUAUUAUGGGUAUGCAACCUUAUGCAUGGCCAGUACUAUUCAUUUGACAUGAUACCCGUGCAAGAGUUGACACAAAUUGUGUUAAUCUUAAGGGCCUUCUUGUUCUGCAAUAUUUUAUGUGUUAACUUAUGUGUGCAAGGACUCAUGCUGGUUCAUGUUCUUUGCUUCCAUAUGUCAUUGCAGGAAGAAAGACUGAGAAGAGCGUCAAAUUUUAGGAAUUAGUUUUUACUCUGAUUCAAGAAAUCAAUAUCAAUAUUAUUUGUUAUUCUUCCAAAUUACCCCCUUCAGCUGCAUAAUGUUUCAAAAGAAGUGGUGAGGUAAGUGUAAUUGGUACUAUUUUCGCAUUUUGCACUCUUCCUUGUGUUGAGUAGAACUUCUGUUGAGUAGAGCAUUUUAUGCUUGCCGAGGUAUGUAAACAACUUGUUGGAGCUUGUUAUUAAACUGAACCAAACAGAAACGCUUUUAUUUUGUGAAACUUUAAUAUCAAGAAACAUGAAUAUGGAUUACUGACUAGAAAUAUUCUAAAAUCUUAAUCUUAAAAUCAAUUUUAUUCUGAAAAUUAAGCUAAAAUCCUUUUAUAGAAUUUUAUUUGAAAUCUUCAAAUCAAUAUCAAAUUUUAAGAUUAAUAACAAGAAAGAACCAAUACAGUUUGGGAUAUGAAUGUAAUAUAAUACGUAAUCAGAGACACAAAAAUUAAAAGAUUAUGCGAUUGGAUAGUGUAUUCAGACUUGAUUCUUGUCCCUAAAAUGAAACUUAAAUUACACUUUUUUUUUUCUUCUUAAUUUAAAAUCUGCAAGUUUGUUAUCCGAGAAGUAAACAUAUAUUACAAUUUAAUUCGUUUUUUCUUCUAUUUGUGAUUCCUAGUAUCAUUAAGAUAUAGUUUUAGCCCCAACUAUAUCAAAUAUGGAAUGAUAAAAGAUAAAAUAAAUAUUUUGAGUGAAGUUUGAAAG